AUGACUAUAGACCAACAUCGACCAGAGAGCAUGACUACAGACCAACACAGAUCAGAGAUCAUGACUAUAGACCAACCUCGACCAGAGAUCAUGACUAUAGACCAACAUGGACCAGAGAUCAUGACUAUAGACCAACCUCGACCAGAGAUCAUGACUAUAGACCAACAUGGACCAGAGAUCAUGACUACAGAUCAACACAGAUCAGAGAUCAUGACUAUAGACCAACCUCGACCAGAGAUCAUGACUGCAGGCCGACACAGAUCAGAGAUCAUGACUACAGACCAACAUCGACCAGAGAUCACGACUACAGACCAACAGAUCUAG